AUUUUUUAGCUGCUUUGUAAUUUGUUUUGAAGUGUGAAAGCAAUUUCCUUUGUCCUUUGUCUCUCAUAUUUUGGGCAAAGAGCUGUAUUAAUUUUUCAUAGAUCCUGUGCUUAAACAUUACAGAACUGAAGGCAUGAGUGUAUCUGCCUUGGCAUUUCUGCAUUAUGUCCCUGUUUCUUCUUGCUGCAGGAUCUAGUCAUUUUUCCUUGGGUAAUCAGAAGGUGGAGAAAAGGAUGGGCUGCCAACAAUCUCUGCAAAGCUCAGAAGUGUUAAAAGUCCGCACCAUUUACAUUAAUGACCCCCUUAAGAACACUUUCUGCACAAAUAGCAUCAGCACAACUAAGUACAGCAAGUGGUCAUUUCUCCCUCGAUAUUUGUAUCUGCAGUUUAGCAAAGCUGCUAAUGCAUUUUUUUUGUUCAUUACCAUAUUGCAGCAAAUUCCAGGUGUUUCUCCAAUAGGACAAUAUACAACUCUUUUGCCUUUGCUGGUUAUUCUUGCAAUUUCAGGCAUCAAAGAGGUUGUAGAAGAUUAUAAACGGUAUAUGGCAGACAAAGUAGUUAACUCAAAGACCACUUCAGUGUUCAGACAGAAUUCAUGGCAUGUGAUUAAGUGGCAUGAGGUAAAUGUGGGUGACAUUGUGAAGACUUUGAAUGAGGAGUUCCUUCCUGCAGACAUGAUCCUGAUUUCUUCCAGUGAACCUCAGUCAAUGUGUUAUGUUGCAACAGCCAAUCUGGAUGGAGAAACAAAUCUAAAGAUACGGCAGGCAUCAUUAGAAGUUGCUGGAAUAAUAAAGGAAGGACAAUUGGUAAACCUAGAUGGAAAAAUUGAAUGUGAAGAACCUGAUCAUCAGUUUAAUAACUUUGUUGGAACCUUGUAUUUAAGGGGUAAAAGUCCUAUUUCAGUUGGUCCUGACCAGAUGUUGCUGAGAGGUACACAGCUGAAAAAUACACAGUGGAUCAUUGGUGUAGUCAUUUACACUGGAUUUGAAACCAAAUUGAUGCAGGUAAAAUAGUCUGUGAUGACAAAUUUUCUGAUUCUGGAUGUUUCCUUCUGAUUAUAUUAAGUGAGGGAGUUUAGUAUAUAUCUUUUGAAUUCAGGAGGCUCAUUCCUCUUUAUUACUCUGAAAUUUAA